UUUAGCUUGUGGACCAGAAUGUCAGAAACUUUGUCUGACACAGCAUAAUUAUUACCGUGCUCUACAUAACCUGCCUCCUGUACGAUGCGACCCUGACCUGGCCGAGUCCGCGCAGGCCUGGACUGACUUGCAGGCUCAGAAAGGACAACUUAAGCGGUCUCCAUGGCGAAAUCUGGGUCAAGUGUCCGAGAGUAUUUCGUGGAAACAGUGGGGUUGGGAAGGCAUGGCGGAUACGAGAGCUGCUGUUCCGAGUGCCGUCAGAAGUUGGUAUACAGAGAAAAAAGGUGGCAUGAUGGAUCGCACCUCGGCUCCAGUGAAUUUUCAGACAAUAGUCCGUCCAGAUAUCACUCGACUAGGGUGUGGCAUACACGUGAUUCCUGGUGAUGGUACAUAUGUGACGUCACACUACGGCACAAUGCCUGGAGGAAAUGUGUUGAAUGAUGAAAUCCAAAUCCCAACUGCAAAAGCUCCUGAACCUGCAUGUCAGAUUAAGUCUGGUCAGCGUGAGAAAUGUGGAAAUGUCUCCAGUCCCUUCAUGACUCCAGAUGUUUGUCUCAAAGCUGGCUGUUGCUAUGACGAUGUUUUUAUGGAUGAGCCCGAUGUAAAUUGGUACAGCAGCGAAGGAAGCACAUGGUGCUACAAAGGCAAAAAACAAGAUACAGGAAAACAAACAAUCAAGACUAAAGAUCUUGAGACACAAAACGUGGAUAAUAAUGAGACCAGCGUAAAUACUUCAAUGGCGAAGACAAAUAAUCUUGAAAGUCAAAACUCACUGGACGAUAAUGGUGAACCAAAAGGAUUUUUCAAGGAUUGUCUGGACCAACACAACAAACUCAGGGCCAAACACGGUGUUCCUCCCCUCAAAUGGUCCAAGAAACUCGCUGAUAACGCCCUGAGAGUAGCUAAAAUGAAUGCUGAUCUUGGCAGAAUGAAACACGAUCCCAAAAAUAAUAAUGAAGGCGAGAACUUAGCAUAUUUUGGCCCACCACAGCCCAAGUGUGAAGGUCCCAAAGUAGGCAACUGCUUCCAGUGUCGAGAGGUGGUUGACGACUGGUACAGCGAAAUCAAAGAUUACGACUUUGCUGCUGGGAAAAGCAGAAACGGAGGAGUCGUACUUCACUUCACUCUAAUUGUUUGGCGUAAAACGACUGAGAUGGGCAUGGCAACAGCAGUUGGGAACAACAAAGUGUUUAGUGUUGCGAGGUACUCAGAGAAGGGCAACAUGUUACCAGAAGAAAACUUUGUCAAGAAUGUACCACCCUUGGGCUCUGGCCCCUUGCCGACAUCCCAGCCGGAAAGUACUGUGUCAAAGACUGGUUCUGUUUCACCUACAGGAACGACAAGUGCUGGUGCUUCCGGUUCUACACCGACGUUUGGUUCAUCUACUAGCAGUAUAACUACUGGAGGUGCUGGUGGCGAUUGCUAUGGAAACUCCUGCUAUUCUUUUAACGGAGAGGGAAAAACGUGGAAAGAAAACAGGGAAGAGUGUAAGAAGAAAGGAGGAGAUUUAGUCUCUAUGGAGACGGAUGGCGAAUGGACAUUUCUCAAGGACAAGAUUCAAGGACUUAGCAAUCAGUUGCGCAAUGAGUGGCAUAUUGGUCUGAAAAAGGACGGUUCGACAUGGAAAUGGGUGAAUGAUGCUCCUCUGACAAUCACUCACUGGCAAAGAGGAGAGCCAUCUGGGGAUGGACCUUACGUUGUGAUGGCCAAAGAUUACCCUCCAGGGACCCAAGGGCAAUUCAAUGAUCUUGCUGAUUACGUCCCUAGUGGAUUCAUCUGUGAGACAACAAAAGAGGCAAACACAUCGCCAACAAGUGGUGGUACUCCACCAACACCACAGCCACCUACUAAUGCAAUAUCUUCCGCUGCCACUUCCUCUGCUACUACUCCUGCUACGACUGCUGCAACUAAUGGUGCUACUGGACCGACGUCAAGCUCACCUACCACCGAUAUGGAAGCUGAAGCAGGUAACGACUGCUUUGGUAGUUCUUGCUAUUCCUUUAACGGAGAAGGACAAAAGUGGACUGAGAACAGGGAAGAGUGUAAGAAGAAAGGAGGAGAUUUAGUCUCUAUGGAAACAGAUGGCGAAUGGAAAUUUCUCAAGGACAAGAUUCAAGGACUUAGCAAUCAGUUGCGCAAUGAGUGGCACAUUGGUCUGAAAAAGGACGGUUCGACAUGGAAAUGGGUGAAUGAUGCUCCUCUGACAAUCACUCACUGGCAAAGAGGAGAGCCAUCUGGGGAUGGACCUUACGUUGUGAUGGCCAAAGAUUACCCUCCAGGGACCCAAGGGCAAUUCAAUGAUCUUGCUGAUUACGUCCCUAGUGGAUACAUCUGUGAGACCACAAAAGGGGCAAGCACAUCGCCAACAGUACCUAGUGGAGCUAUCACACCAACACCACAGCCACCUUCUAGUGGAGUAACCUCUGCUACUACCGCUGCUACUGCUGGUGCUACAACCUCUGCUACAACCGCUGCUGUUACUGGCGCUUCCACUGGUGUUGGUGCGACUUCGUCAGCUGAGCCAAAAGGAUUUUUCAAGGAUUGUCUUGACCAACACAAUAAACUCAGGGCCAAACACGGUGUUCCUCCCCUCAAAUGGUCCAAGAAACUCGCUGAUAACGCCCUAAGAGUAGCCAAAAUGAAUGCUGAUCUUGGCAGAAUGAAACACGAUCCCAAAAAUAAUAAUGAAGGCGAGAACUUAGCAUAUUUUGGCCCACCACAGCCCAAGUGUGAAGGUCCCAAAGUAGGCAACUGCUUCCAGUGUCGAGAGGUGGUUGACGACUGGUACAGCGAAAUCAAAGAUUACGACUUUGCUGCAGGAAAAAGCAGAAACGGAGGAGUUGUACUUCACUUCACUCAAGUUGUUUGGCGUAAAACGACUGAGAUGGGCAUGGCAACAGCAGUUGGAAACAACAAAGUGUUUAGUGUUGCGAGGUACUCAGAGAAGGGCAACAUGUUACCAGAAGAAAACUUUGUCAAGAAUGUACCACCAUUAGUAUAAGAGUUGUUUAGCGUCGAGAAAGCUGUUAAACAGAGUAUCUUACUACCACGUAGUUCUUUGUUUGUUUGAAAGUUGCUUUGCGUUAAGAAAGCGACACAGCAAUGUAUAAACAAGAAUCAGGGUCCUCGUGAUCAUUGCGCAUAUUUUGAAUGUUGGUUUACCUGUUAUAAUCUAUGUACUGAAAGCAUCGAUACCUCUCGCAUCAAUUGUUUGACUUCUUAGAAAACAAAUAAAAAAGUAUUGGAUUUUCACAAAAGAAACUUUCAGUUCCAAGCUUUUGUGUUUGAUUCUCACUUUUUGAUUGAAAAACUCCAUGUUUUUUUGCACGUCAACCAUGCGACUUUCUUCCUUCCGUCCAAUCCUCCUUCCUUCCCUUAUGAUGUUAAGAAUGGCCCUGAAAAUUGUAUUUUUUAGUUUCCCAUUUGAUGUAAUUUGUCUUCAAAAUCGGUCAUUUUGGGGGCUCAGUUGUCCUUUAAGAUAACGACACCGACCGUAAGUAUGGUUUUAGUACAAUGGUCUAUUGGUUUGGAAUAAUACUUAUUGAUGGUUCCAUAAAGCUCUCUUGUCAUAAGAGAGGUUUAUGGAACUAUAUGCAUUGUC